AUGGGUCACGAAUAUGUGGAAUUAAAAAAUACCCACGCAGCUAUUGAAUCAUAUCGUCGAGCAGUUGAUGUUAACAGGAGAGAUUAUAGGGCCUGGUAUGGACUAGGACAAACAUACGAAGUACUUGAAAUGCAUGCAUAUGCACUGUGGUAUUAUAAACGUGCAGCAGGACUCCGUCCUUGGGAUGGCAAAAUGUGGAUGGCAGUAGGAUCCUGCUUACAGAAAAUGGGUCGCGAUCUCGAGGGCAUCAAAGCAUUGAAGCGCGCACUGUUAGCAGAUAGCUACUAUGAUGCAGGUGUGGGCAGUUCAUUUGGAAGUGGUGGUAGAGAAAGAGGGGGCACUAUGGAUCCGGAAAUUUUACUCCAAAUUGCUGGAAUGUAUGAGAGGUUAGAGGACGAAAGAGAAGCACGAGGGUACAUGGAGUUGUGUGUGGCACAAGAAGAAGGCAACGAUAAUGCAGAUGCAUCCGCCAUUAACAUCCAUAAUGAUUCAGCAUCAUCAGACGAUGAAGGGCGCCAGCCACUGGCACCUACAGGUGAAGGUGGUAAUGGUACAGGGGUUACGGCUGCAACAUCAAAAGCUAGGAUGUGGUUAGCAAAAUACUCGAUGAGAACGGGUGACUAUAAGAGAGCCAUGCAACUGGCUACAGAACUGUGUCAGGAUGGAGUAGAAGUUGAGGAUGCAAAAGCUUUAGUCAGAGAGGUCAGAGUCAGACUAGAGGGAUUGGAAUCACCGUGA